AUGGCGACCAUGCGUGCCGUCGAUAUCAAGGGCGGUAAAGGCCCGAUCUCCGCACUUUUCAUCAACUCGGAAUCCCCCAAACCAACACCCAAAGGCAGCCAAGCACUCGUCAAGGUCAAAGCAUUCGGAUUGAACCGCAUGGAUCUACUACAGCGCGAAGGGCAUUAUCCACUCCCACCACAGGCGCCAUCAACACUGGGCGUAGAGUUCUCGGGCACCAUUGAGUCUUUCGGCUGUGAGCCGGAGCGCGGCUUCAAUAUUGGCGACGAAGUGUUCGGUCUAGCUUAUGGAGGUGCUUACGCCGAGUAUAUCGCGGUCAGCACGCACAUGCUGAUUCACAAGCCAAAAGAACUCAGCUGGGAGGAAGCCGCAGGUAUCCCCGAGACAUGGAUCACUGCGACACAGGCACUGUACCUUAUUGGCGACUACAAGCCUGGGAGAAGCGUUCUAUGGCACGCCGGCGCAAGCAGUGUUUCGAUCUCAGGCAUCCAGCUCGCAAAAGGUGACGGCGCCAGUGCCAUCUACGUGACGGCGAGCAGCCAGGAGAAGAUUGACUUCUGCAAGUCGCUCGGCGCGACCGAAGGGUUCAACUACAAGACGGGCGACUGGGCCCAGGAGCUGCUCAAGUACACGGACGGGAAGGGUGUCGACUUGAUCGUCGAUUUCAUCGGCGCUGGCUAUUUCGAUCAGAACCUCGAAGCUGCGGCCAAGGAUGGGCAUAUUGUCAGUUUGGGCAAUAUGGGCGGCAGUGUGGUCGAGAAACCGGUGGAUAUCAGCCGAUUCUUGCGCAAGAGGCUACGAUACGAGGGAAGUAGUCUGCGCAGUCGCGAUGAGGACUAUCAAGGAAAGUUGAGGGAUCAGUUGGUGGAACAUGCUCUGCCCAAAUUUGUGGAUGGGUCGUUCAAGGUCAUUGUUGAGAAGGUUUUUAAGAUGGAUGAGAUUCAGGCCGCGCAUGAGUUGCUGGCUUCAAAUCAAACCAAGGGCAAGUUGAUUGUGACUGUGUAG